CUCAGGAUGAAAAGCGUACUCAUCGUCUGCCUCCUGGCCAUCUAUCAGGUCCAAGCGCAGCUGACCUGCUCGACGCUCGACUGCCGACCAGGUUACUACUGCAAGGAUGGCAAGUGCCUGCCCAACACACCCAAGCUGACCUGCUCGACGCUCGGCUGCCGACCAGGUUACUACUGCAAGGACGGCAAGUGCCUGCCCAACACACCCAAGCUGACCUGUUCGACCAUCGACUGCAGGCCAGGCUACUACUGCCUGGACGGCAAGUGCAUACCUAAAGCGACCUGCGAGACGAUCGACUGCCGAUCUGGCGACAUUUGCAUCGACGGCCAGUGCAUACCUAAACUGACCUGUGCCACGAUCCUCUGCAGGACGGGAUACACUUGUCGGGACGGCCAAUGCUUCAAGAAACCGCCGUCAGGUAUCACGUGCGCCAACGUCAAGUGCAUGUCGGGAUACGUCUGCGUGGAGCCGGGCAGGUGUGUCAAGCAAUUCGACGAGAAAUGCUUCACCGUCAAGUGUAGCGCGGGACACGUCUGCGUAAACGGUGUCUGCGUUCAAGGAUAAACUCGUCGUACGCACAUCGUUGUAACACGUCGUUAUUAGUUUCCGAAUAAAACUUUUUUUACGCUCCUUCAUUUUAUGAUUCUGUGUUCCUCGAGUUAUUGAAUGUGUACUGCCAAUAUAUAGAAAUAGGAAAAAUAGAUGAUAGAUUGAAGAGACGCUACGAUUAUUCGACGGCCUUUUUGGCAUCGUG